CUAGUGCCCACAACCUCAAUUACAAAAAAUUGAGAAACCUGUCAAACUUAACCUUCAAAAAUCCGAAUUUUAUCAAAAAUCUCAGAUUUGAUCUCUCGCUAGGAGCAUGUCUCCAAGAUAGCGUCACAUGUGCGAUUACGUAUAACGAAUGCUCAAGAGAUAAUAACCUAACAAUCAACACCGACGUUUAUUCGGUCCUCUCAUUCUCCUUCACGACCUUAAUCACCUUGACUGUCAAAUCAGAAAAAUGGCACCGAUCAAAGCCACUAGUCUUUUGAACUUGGCCGGAAAAGCCCUCCACCGGAGACAAUUCUCAGUGUCAAAAAUCGCAUCUGCCAAACAAAUGACAGUCAGAGACGCCCUAAAUUCAGCCCUAGACGAGGAAAUGACCCGCGAUGAGCGGGUUUUCAUCAUCGGCGAAGAGGUGGCGCAGUACGACGGCGCCUACAAGGUCACAAGGGGGCUGUGGAAGAAAUACGGCGAUAAGCGAGUCAUCGACACGCCAAUCACAGAAAUGGGGUUCACAGGAAUCGCCGUGGGGGCUGCCAUGGCCGGCCUGCGCCCCGUCUGCGAGUACAUGACGUUCAACUUCGCCAUGCAAGCCAUCGACCAGAUCAUCAACUCGGCGGGAAAGACCUUCUACAUGUCCGCGGGCCGCGUCAACGUCCCCAUUGUCUUCCGGGGGCCCAAUGGGGCUGCCGCCGGCGUUGGCGCCCAACAUUCCCAGUGCUACGGCGCGUGGUACGCACACUGUCCAGGCCUCAAGGUCAUCUCCCCCUACAAUUCCGAAGACUGCAAGGGGCUCCUCAAGGCCGCCAUUCGGGACCCUGACCCCGUGGUUUUCCUCGAAAACGAAAUUUUGUACGGGGUGCAGUACCCCAUGUCAGAUCAGGCCCUUUCCAACGAUUUUGUCCUACCGAUAGGCAAAGCGAAAAUCGAGCGACCAGGAAAACACAUAACGAUUGUGGCGCACUCCCGGGCGGUUGAAACGUCACUUCAAGCAGCGAAUGAACUUUCCUCGAAAGGAAUUGAAGCAGAAGUGAUCAAUUUGCGAUCGUUGCGCCCUCUGGACAUCAAUACGAUAACUGCGUCCGUUGCUAAAACGAAUCACUUGAUUACGGUGGAGCAAGGGUGGCCUUCGGCAGGGAUCGGGGCCGAGAUUUUGGCCAGAAUUAUGGAAAGCGAGGCCUUUUUCCACUUAGACCAACCAGCGAUCAGACUGACAGGCGUUGACACGCCCAUGCCAUAUACCAAAAGUCUAGAAAUGGCCGCGCUUCCGGUGCCUAAAGACGUAGUCGAAAUGACGAAAAAACUACUGAAGGUUAAGUAAAAUCUCGAGUAAUGUUCCUUUGUUUGAAAUUGAAGCGUCGUCUGUAUUGCCAACGUACAGUUAUUAUAAUUUAUUUAUUUAUUUCUCGUCCGGCUGAAUUAAUCAAAGGGUAAGUUUAUAAUUUUUACUUGUACAAACUGUUGUAAAUAAUAGUCUAGUUUUAAUUGGAUCAAGUGUACAUUGCAUUUUUUAAGCCAAUUUUUUCUUAUGUGGCCACUUUUACGGUUGUAAAUUUUUGUAGACAAUAAAUCAUUAAGGCUGA